AUGUAAGCGAAAAGAUUAGUUCUUGACCCAUUUUGUUACAGACAGUUUGGAACAUAAGGAAGUUAAUAAAUUCUUUAUGACAGAGAGAAAUUUGUGGAAAAGGUGAAUGAAUUAUACAGAAAGGAAGAUUUAAAGGAUGGUUAUGCUCCAUUCUGUAAACAUAUAUUUAUAGAAAAUUUCACAGAGACACCCAAUUAUAUAUUGAAAAUAACAUAAGAAAAUGAGUAUUUAAUCAAAACAGCAUAUAAAGCAAGAAAUGAAAGAGAAUUGCCUGUUUUAACAAGGUUUAUUCCAGCAGGUUCUAUUGAAUUGCAAAAAGCAAAAUUCUUAGACAUAAUCCUCUACUCAAAAGAAUAAAUUACUAAAGAAAAUAAAUCAUAAGGAGUUGAGGAUAUUCAUGGUCAAAUUGAUUAUGAUUUUGGCAUAAUUUCAAUCAAACCACAAGACGAAAAUACUGAAAUACCAAUGUUACCUAUCACAUCGAUGAGAAACUCCCUCGGAACUAAAGAAGGAGGCUCAGGAGUUGAAAUGAACAGAGAAGAGUAUUUAAAAUCUGUGAACUUUUGGUCAAAACAUAUAUUGGUUGAGUGAUAUUAAUUUAGACAUAUUCAUAACAUUUAAUCUAUUGCC